AUGCUCAAACCAUCUCAAAUUUUGGAAGGAGCUAAAAGGCUUCCGAUGACUUCUAAACAGGGUCGUCAGUUUUACAAAGGAUCUCGAACAGGUUCAAUGGGAAGACAUACAAAGCGAGGUGGUUAUAUUAUUGAUUGGGCUAAAGUUAGAACAUUCAUUGUUCCAAAUGGUCUUGAUACAACUCCACUGAAGCCAUUCGUGACAUUAAAGGUACGACCAAUACGUUCAUCAUUUGGGCCGGGUCAAAAACAUGGAUUUGACGGUAAUAUUUAUUAUAAACAAUGGAAAGAAGAAAAUCCAGAAGAAAAAAAAGAAAAUAUUAGUUGA